CUCUCCCGACUCCCCCAGGCGGUAGCGGCAGCAGCAGCAGCGGAGGCGACAUGAGCAGCGGGGCGGCGUCCGGGACUGGGCGGGGGCGGCCCCGGGGCGGGGGGCCGGGACCCAGGGACCCCCCGCCCGGCGAGACUCACAAGUUGGUGGUCGUGGGCGGCGGCGGCGUGGGCAAGAGCGCGCUGACCAUCCAGUUCAUCCAGUCCUACUUCGUGUCUGACUAUGACCCCACCAUUGAGGAUUCCUACACAAAGAUCUGCUCUGUGGAUGGCAUCCCCGCGAGGCUGGACAUCCUGGACACUGCAGGUCAAGAGGAAUUUGGUGCCAUGCGGGAGCAGUACAUGCGUGCUGGCAACGGCUUCCUGCUGGUGUUUGCAAUCAAUGACCGGCAGAGUUUCAAUGAGGUAGGCAAGCUCUUCACUCAGAUCCUCAGAGUCAAGGACCGCGACGAUUUCCCCAUUGUGCUGGUUGGGAACAAAGCAGAUUUGGAGACACAGCGCCAGGUCCUCCGAUCUGAAGCUUCCACUUUCAGCGCUGCCCGCCACAUGGCUUACUUUGAGGCCUCAGCCAAACUGCGUCUGAACGUCGACGAGGCAUUUGAGCAGCUGGUCCGGAGUGUCCGGAAAUACCAGGAGCAAGAACUUCCUCCUAGCCCACCCACUGCUCCCAGGAAGAAGGGUGGGGGCUGCCCUUGCGUCCUGCUGUAGCCAGAUAGCCCCCAGCGACCUGCACAAGCUCUCCCGGGACCAGCUGCCUCACACUCUUGUGGCCUGAGGCUCUAGCUGAGCCCCAGUCUCCUUUGGGUUUCCCAGGACACACUACACCCUCGCCCUUCACUUCCUGGCCUCCCAGGGCCACUGAGUGCCUUCUGUCAAUACCUCCUUUCCCCACCCAAGCCCCUGGUGGGAUAGGAGCUCCUUGUCACUGCUGUAUAUAAGUCCCAUCUUUCAGAAAAAUAAACAUCACUGCCUACAGCUGGAGAUGCCUUUUACUGAGUGGAUGCAGAGUUGCUGGAGGUCUCAUUCCUUCUCAACCUUUGAGCUGCAUCCACAGCCCAGAUUUCUUCCCCCAAGAUAGGGUUUCUCUGUGUAGCCCUGGCUGUCCUGAAACUCACUCUGUAGAUCAGGGUAGCCUCAAACUCAGAGAUCUGCCUGCUUCUACCCCUCAAGUGCAGGGAUUAAAGGCUCACACCUCUGCGCUCUGCUCUUUCUAUUUUCCUAAGUGGGAGUGGCCAUUUGGCUGUAUGACCAAGCAGGUAAAGGUACUUGCUACCAAACAUGACUUCCUGUUUCAAAACUCAGAACCCAUAAGGGGGGGAGGAACAGGAAAAGAAAAAUCAACUCCUGCAAUUGUCCUCCUAUCUUUAUAAGAAUGCGGUGGCACUCGAGCGUGUACUGGCUAGUUUCCUGUCGACUCGAUACAAGCUAAAGUCAGAAGAGGGAAUCCCAAUUGAGAAAAUGCCUCCAAGAGAUCCAGCUGCAGGAAAGCCGAUUGCACAUGUUUUGUUUGUUUUUUGAGACAGGUUUUCUCUAUGUAGCAGCCCUGGCUGUCCUGGAACUCAUGCUGUAGACAGGCUGGCCUCAAACUCAUCGAGUUCUGCCUGUGUUUGCCUCCCGAGUGCUAGGAUUAAAGGAUUAUGCCACCACCUCCCAGCUGUGGCGCAUUUCUUAAUGACUGAUGAAAGAAAGCCCACCCUAGGAUGUUGGUCCACAGUUUUAUGAGACAGCAGGCUGAGGAAGCGAUGACGAACAAGCCAGUAAGCAGCACUCCUCCAUGGCCUCUGCAUCUGCUGCCUCCAGAAUCCUGUCCUGACU